UUCAUUUCUUUUCGUCAUCUCGUAUUGUACGGAAUUAUGCGACUCGACAUGCGUAUUCAUAUGGUUUACUUCCCUUUGACGGGUAACGGCGCUUGAUUCUUUUCACCUUGGCCGCCCACGGAGGCAGGGAAUGACUGCGAGCCAACACGGUGCUUGCCCUGUGGCCGCCCAUUGCUUACGCUCCUUCUCGCCCAGGGGAAUUGCGUUUUUGGCUUGGCUCCCCUAUUUUGUCGCUUGUCUCGAGCCGGCAGGCUACUGGAUCCCAAGGAAUAGCUCGCUCUUUCCACAACCCGUCGCACCUCCGGAGGGUUUGGUGAGAUCCUCUCCAUGUCCGUCGAGAGUGCGCGGGGCAACCUGACUAUUUAGACCGCGCACAGCCGAUCAGCAAAUCAACAGUCGAAAUAGUGAACUCGAGCUUACGACUUGUUGAGCGAAACUAGUUGACCCAUAACACCUAGUGGGUUGCCGAAACCACGUGAGGUUGACAGGACAUUCAUAGGUUUCUUGAGCUAAGUUCUACAAACUGAGUUUCAGUAUGGGCUUCCCACAAGCCAUGGAGCAGCCGCAGCUGCUGUAUCAUAUUGAUCCCUCAUUGCAAUACCGGCCCGAUGUCAACCCGAAUCAGUACAGGAAAUACACAAUCAACACUGAAGAUCCGGUUCAGAAGCGAGUCUUCGAGACCUACUUGAAGAUGCACACGUACCAGACGGUGGAUUUUGUCAUGAAAAAGCGUGAGGAAUACGGCCGUUUCGAUAAGAUCCGUAUGCCCGUUAUGAAAGCACUGGAGAAGCUGAAUGAUUUAAUUGACGAGAGUGAUCCCGACGUCGAUAUGCCGAACAUCGUUCACGCCUUCCAGACCGCCGAAGAGAUCCGCGCUAAGCAUCCAGAGCAGGACUGGUUCCACCUUACCGGCCUAAUUCACGACCUUGGCAAGGUGAUGGCGUUCUUCGAUGAACCACAGUGGGCGGUCGUGGGGGACACAUUCCCAGUCGGGUGCCAGUUUGCGAAGUCAAUCGUCUACCGGGACUUUACUUUUAUCCUUAACCCGGACAGCGAGAACGAGAAGUACAACACCCCAUUGGGCAUGUACCAACGCAACUGCGGUCUGGAAAACGUUCUAAUGUCGUGGGGACAUGACGAGUACAUGCACAUGGUUCUCAGAAAUCAUCCCCGAUGCACUCUGCCCGAAGAAGCCUUCUACGUUAUCCGGUUCCACUCCUUUUACCCUUGCCACACUAGCGGUGACUACGACUAUUUGUUGACUGACAAGGACCGUGAAAUGCUCAAGUGGGUCCGUGAAUUCAACAGAUUUGACCUUUACACCAAAACCGAUAAUGUACCAAAUAUCGAUGAGCUGAUGCCAUACUACCAGGGGCUCAUCGAUAAGUACAUCCCGGGCGAGGUGGCCUUCUAAGCUGGACUCGAGGAUGAUAUCGACGUAUGUCUGUGUACACAGCUGCGUACGCCUCAAAUGAACGCGAAAGGACAACACGGUGUGGGCAAGGAAACAGUACAAACUACCCGGCGAAGUAAAGCAUCAGCGCUACACGACGCAGCUGGCCUAGUUUGGCCUCGGGACUCCACCUUGGACAGUCGCGUUUGCGAUAAUAUCCGGUUGUGUUAGCCCUAUCUUGCCUGAUAAUGUACAUACAGUUAAAAUAGGAACGCCACUACUGCCUGUUACACUUAUCCGUUAUAUAGAAUUUGUGUAUAUACAGUUAUAUAUGGAGAAAGACACUUCUGAGCCUGUUUUAAGGCGGAUGGCCUUUGAUAUGCCAGUAGUACGAUAAGCAAUGCGGGUGAUUAAUAAAACAAAAUGCGUUUCAGUGAAAAUUAGACAACCGA